CUUGCACACGAGGAAAGUUUCGUUCGCUUCUUCCAAUGGCUACACAGAAAUGGGUGCAGAAAUGUGCCCCUAAAACCAGCAGUCUUCCCAGGAACUGGUCGGGGAAUGAUGGCGACUAAGGCCUUAAAGCAUGAAGAACUGAUGUUGGUGAUCCCUCAGAGACUACUCAUCACUAUGGACGCCAUUAUGGACUCCUACAUCGCUCCGUAUAUUGAACGUGCGGAUCCCCGACUAACCCCCACACAGGCCCUUGCAGUUUUCCUCAUGUGUGAAAAAUACAGGCGCGAAAAAUCCUUCUGGCGUCCCUACAUCGACAUCCUGCCCGAGGAGUACUCGUGUCCGACGUUCUUCACCGAAGACGACUUCCGACUUUUGCCGAACUCCCUCCGAGGAAAGGCGAAGGCGAAGAAGUACGAAUGUCACAAAGAGUACAAGGAGCUCGCACCGUUCUUCAAGAUGCUCGCAGAUCUGUUUCCUGAUCAGGAGGAUGCUUUCAACUUCAAAGACUUCAAGUGGGCGUGGUCAGCGAUCAAGACGCGUGCCUUAGACGUGCCCAUUGGACGGGAAAGUUGCCGCCAUCUCCGGGACGCGGAGGACACCCCCACCCCCACCAUGUUCCCAUUGGUCGACUCCAUCAACCACGCAGCGCAAGCAAAGAUCAGGCACCGGUACAACGAGAAAAGCCGUUGCCUGGAGAGCCGCACGGAGACCGUGUACAGGAGACACGCCGAGGUCAUGAACAGUUACGGGCGCGCCGACAACGACAAUCUCCUGCUCGAGUUCGGCUUUGUCGUCCCUGGCAACCCCGAAGACACCGUGACGUUUCACCUGGGUAAAGUGUCGUCUGGAAAUUACGUCAUCUGCUGUCCUCGCCAAAUAUGGCGUGGCUCAGUUGAUCAAUUAAUUGUGCGCAUGACUUGAUCAUGACUUUCUUAUCACUCAGGUUUAGCGGAAGAUCAGAGAAAUCGACUGAUUAUGAAAUCUUACACCUAUCUCUUUAACCGGUUUUAAACGUUCUUGUAACAUUUCAUACACUUUUAUUGCAUAACAUCUUGACUUCAGUUUUAAGUUUUCUCUAGUUUUAAGACUUCUCUCAUUACUAAAAUGUUCUUCGGGUAAUCUAUCUAAUUCAUUUGCACUUCAUCUGUCUUCCCCUCCCUCUCCCAUUCUGUAGCAGUCAUCAGAUCUGGCGACAGUCAAGUCUUGCUCUACAAAGACGGCUAUACGAAACUAAAGACACUCGUGUA